CCCGCGCGAGCGGUUUAACAUGGCGGAAGAGCUAGCGUUAGGAGCGCUGAGUCCGCGGGGAUGUGCGGACGGGAAGGAUGCGGACGCUGCCGAACAGCCCGGGGAGGAGCUGGGCCGGGACGGCGCGGAGCCGUUCGCGAGUCAGGACCUGCUGGCGUGCCAGGGCCAGGAGGAGGGCCCGGCAGAGGCCGAGGACGCGGGCCUGGUGGCCGAGGCCGAGACGGUGGCCGCCGGCUGGAUGCUGGAUUUCCUCUGCCUCUCUCUGUGCCGGGCCUUCCGCGACGGCCGCUCCGAAGACUUCGACCGGGCCCGCGACAGCGCCGAGGCUAUAAUUCAUGGACUGUCCAGUCUAACAGCUUACCAAUUGAGAACGAUAUACAUAUGCCAGUUUUUAACAAGAAUUGCUUCAGGAAAAAACCUUGGUGCACAGUUUGAAAGUGAUGAACAGAUUACACCCUUGGAAUCAGCCCUGAAUAUUUGGAAUUCAAUUGAAAAGGAACAUGACAAACUUCAUGAAGAAAUAAAGAAUCUAAUAGAAGUUCAGGCUAUAGCUGUGUGUAUGGAAAAUGGCAAUUUUAAGGAAGCAGAAGAAACCUUUGAAAGAAUAUUCGAUGAUCAAAGUUCAUGUUCGCCUUUAAAAAGAAAAUUACUUGCGAUUAUCUCUCAGAAAGAUGCAUUCCAUUCCAUCUUUCAACACUUGAGCUACAACCACAUGAUGGAGAAAAUUAAGAAUUAUGUGAAUCAUGUGCUUAUUGAGAAAUCACCAACUUUUCUAAUGAAGGCAGCAGCAAAAGUAGUGGAAAGUAAGAGAGCAAGAACAUUGAAUUCUCGAGAUAAACCUAAUAGUAGUGAUUCUGAAGUGGAAACUCCGCCUAAUUUAGAUAUAAGCGAAAGUGUUAGUGACAAACAGUUUGCAGUAACUGAAUCCUUAGAGGGUACAGUAUCCUUAUUGAGAUAUCAUAAGAAGCUCUUCUCGUCUAAAUCUAACCACAGUGGCCAACUGCACAAUCCUGGUGAGCUGCAGAGCAUGGAGUCUCCUCAAAGUCGAAGAAAAACAAACCAUGGAAGAUUCCGUGGAAUGAAGACAAGAUCUUUUUUAAAUGAAGAGCGAGACCGUUCUGAAAAGAAUCGACCUCGAAAAAAACAGGUAUGGCUUUGGGAAGAAGACACGAAGCUGCGAUCUGGUGUGAGGAAAUAUGGAGAGGGAAACUGGACUAAAAUACUGUUACAUUAUAAAUUCAACAACCGAACAAGCGUCAUGUUAAAAGACAGGUGGCGGACUAUGAAGAAACUGAAACUGAUUUGCUCAGACAAUGAAGACUGAAUAUGUUUGUUAAAUGCGUGUUAAAAGGCGGACAGUUAAAGAUUUUGAUCACUGUGUUUCUUUGUUGAACGUUAUUGGUCACUGGUGCAUCUUAAAAGUUUUGUUGAAAGCACUCCAGGUUUUGCUGUUGAGGCUAUAAAUAAAUUUUAGGGAGUACAUAAAUUCACAAAUGUGGAAUUCACAGUAAUGAGAAUCAAUUAUGAUAGGUGUCAAUUAUAUCAAUUAUUUAUAUUGUUCUAAUCUUCUGUCAGUUGCCAGAAAGGUGUGUAAAAAUCUCUCCGUAUGAUUGUGAAUGUGCCUGCUUUUCUAGUUCAGUUUUAUGACUUUGCUUUGUGUAUUUGGAAGUGGUCAUUAACUACUUAAUAAUUAAAAAUUAUUACAUUUAAAAAAUUUUUUUUGUUGGAAGUAUAGUAUUUUUCUGUGAAACAAAGUCAUUUAAUUCAUUUAAGAAUUGCGGUAUAGCAGAAAAUUACAUGCUCCCGUUGUAUUCUUAAGAAACUGUUUACUAGGAUGACAUGUUAAAUGAUCUACCCUGCCUUAACCAAUGUCCAUUUCCAAAUCCUGUUCCAAUUUUUUAAAAAAAAGGAAAACCAGGUGAGGAAAAAUAAUUAUUACUGUAUUCUAUUUCUAUAAACUGCCUCAACUCCAUACACAAAACGAAUGUUCGUAGUCACUGAAUAAUAAGCCAUUGACUUAGAAGUCAUGACUUGCUUUCUGGCCGUAUGCGACGUAAUGAUCAAGACAAUUGUUUAUAGAAUGAUAUAUACAUUAAUAAUAGUUAUAGUGUACCUAUAAUUUUCUACAAAGAAAAAAUAUGAAAAUAACCAUAGUCAAAAUUUGUAUGAUGAACAUGAGUCUUCUGUUGUAUGUGUUCAAAGUUUAACAAGAACGACCUUGAAUAAUGCUGCAUUGUGACUCAUGCCCUUAAACAUCAGGUUCUCUGAUGCUUUCAGUUAAUACAGUAAUAUUGGACCUGUUUGGUAACCUAUAAAUGUUUGAAUUGUUAUUAACCACUAUCAUUUUAACAUCUGUGGUAACGCAAUGUCACUGUACAAUCCUAAAUCAAAAAGUAUUGUUAGAAUACUAUAGAAACCUCUAUUAAAAAAAAAUAAAACCUAUUUCACAGUC